AUGCCGCUGGGGGCUGGCUGGCCGCCCUGCCCAGCCCCGCCCUGCCGGCUGCUGGGCGCGUGGCACAGAGGGAGUGGGGCAGCUGAGUCCCCAUCACCAGCCGCCACCGCGCCAGAGAGCAAGCAACACCCGCCAGGAGCCCCGCGCAGGCACGUCACUGGCAGCUCCAGCGGAUUAGAACUCGCUUCCUUGCUCCUCUCUGCAGUCCCAUUUCAAGCUAACUCUGGCUUUAAGAAAAAGCUGAGUGGGCCCAGUUUCUGCAGCGCUUUCUUCUGCAAGAUGAACACCAUUCUGCCUUGCCAAGAUCAGUAUUUUGUAGGAGGCCAGAGUUAUAAUUGCCCGUAUUCCACUACAACGUCAGAAUCUAGUGUUGAUGUUUCCAAGGAGACUUGGGUCUCUUUCUGGGCUGCUGGUCUCCUGGACAACGCUGAGACCCAACAAGCACCACAGACACAGGAAGCAUCCUGUGACUUAAAUGUCCCUGUUCUGGACUCAUGUUCAUGGGAAGAGGCUCAGCUCUCCUCCCAGCUCUACAGAAAUAAGCAGCUCCAGGACACUCUAGUACAGAAGGAGGAAGAACUUGCUAGGCUACAUGAAGAGAAUAAUCACCUCAGACAAUACCUGAAUUCUACUUUGGUUAAAUGUCUGGAAGGAAAGGCCAAGAAAUUGCUGUCAUCAGAUGAGUUUUCCAAAGUGUGUGGAAAACUCAGAAAAGAGAAGAGGAAACCCAAAGAACACAGACAUCCACCUGCUGAGAUACCCCAGUCCAAAACUGCCAAGAGAAACCUCUCCACAGAGUUUUCUAGCUGUGAAGAACAACCUGGGCCCUGUGUGGACCCCUGGGUUCUUCAAACCCUUGGGUUGAAAGACCUAAACACCAUUGAUGACACCCUACCAGCUAACUACAGUGCCUUUGCCUCUCAUCCCAGAACAGUGCCCAGUACAUCCUCCCAAUUUCUACAUGAUGCAGUUGGCUAUGCAACUGUUCCUAGAGAUCUACACCUUGACUAUGGAGGGGACAGAACACAUGCCUCCCACGUCACUGCCAUCCACCAGGAAGACUGCCACUGUUUUCCUACGCUUUCCAACCCUCCAGGAGGGGUGCAAACUCUUCCUUACCAUAGUGUAGAUGUGUCACCCAACAAGACAGAGGUGGCCUUCUCCACAUCUCUGAGCCCUCACUGCAAUGUGAAAACUCACUCUUUCCAUCAGGGACAAGCCUUUGUGCGUCGAGAUGAGGAGGGUGGCUGGAAGUUUACCUGGGUCCCUAAGCAGCCUUAG